UCACUGCUCACUAACCAUGGAAUAUUGAACACUAAUAAAGUCAUAAAGAUACCAAACCAGAAGUGUUGCUAUGAGGACUGAGAUAAGGACUGUCAGGCCCACUCUGGAAAUGUCAGAGAGCCAGAGCCAGAGAGGGGAAGGAUCUUUAGUGUAGUGCAGCAAAGCCGACCCUGGUGCAGCUCCCUAAAUGAUUCCAGGUUUGUGCUGGAGCUGAUGCGCUGUCACCCUGCAGCCUGAGGGUUCCCAGGGAGAGGGAACUUCAGGAUAGCAAACACCAUGGAUUCCCCAUCUCCAAAUGUAGGCAUGGCAGGGGGUAAACUGUGUCUUCCUUCUUUUCCCCCCAGCUCAGAGCAUGGACAGAGAGACUCCUGCAACCCAGACCAGAGAUUUAAACUGGUGUAUUAAUUAAGGUGUCCAUCAAAUUUCACAGCAGGCAGUGGGGGCUGGGUUGAAUUUUCCUCUCUUGCAUCCCCUGUCACAACUUCCUGGGAGCACGUUGGACUGAGAGACAUUCCCAGAAGCUGCAAGGAUAAUUGAGAUCUCUGAAAGGCACAAGUUCUCUUGAUGUCUGAACUCAACUGAUGGAGUGUUUUGCACCUUUAGAAGUCACAGCUGGCAAGUGCCAGGUGAGAGAGAUCAGGGGGCUUUGGGACAGGAUUUCCCUUCCUUGUCCACUUCCCUUCUGUGCCUGUUCCAGGUCAGCUGCAGGAUUGUCCCACCUCUGUGACUGCAGGGAUGGACCAGAGGAGAUGGCUCCCGUUGGCUCUGACACUGCUUCCAGCCUGGUUUCUCCCUCUCUCCUAUGACUUUGGGCUUUUCGAUUUCCCCAGUUACAAUUUUGUCUCAGAGGAAAGAAGAAAAGGAGAAAGUGAAAAAUUUUGAGCUUAGCUCUCCCCAGAAUGUAGUUGGAAUUGUCGGCCAGGAUACAAUCCUUCCUUGCACCAUCUCUUCCACAAAGCCACUGGACAACCCUGAAGUGCAAUGGAAGAAGAUCACAGAUGGACAUCCAGAGGACAUCUAUGGACAGUCUGGUGGGGAACCAGUGCAGAAAUACCAUGGGCGGACAUCAAUGCCAGGAGAUGGAUUUGCCACUGGGAACGUGUCCCUGACGCUGAAGAACGUCCAGCCAGCAGAUGAAGGAAUGUACAGUUGCACUGUGACAUCCAGGGACUGGAGUGCUGACACAGCCACCGAGCUCAGCAUUGCAGGUACCGGGGAAGUGUUCCUUGAAAUUCUGGGCCCUCAAGGGCAGGGGCUCGAGCUUGGCUGCAGAUCACAGGGAUGGUUCCCCGAACCUACUGUCCAGUGGGUGACUGAGGAUGGGCAGGGUCUGUUUGCAGACACUGAAAUACAGCAGGACAGUGAGAAACUCUUCAGUGUGUGGAGUCGAGUCACAGUUACAGGAGAGGAAGUGGGAAAAGUCACCUGUCAAAUCCUGAACCCCCUGGUGCAGAUGGAGAAGAAAAGUACUGCGCGUCUCUCAGGUGCUGCUUUUCCCCGUGUGUCUCCAUUUGUCCCUGCCUUCUGGACACUACUCACUUUAUUCCUUCUCACAUUGGCUGCUGGUGCUGUUCUGGUAUUUCGAGAAAUGAAAGUGGUGGAAAAUACCACAGGGGCCCUGGAAUCCAUGUGGAAGAGGGACCUCCAUGAAGUCUCCCAGAAAAUUCAAACUCUGCAGGAAGAUUUCCAGAACAUGCAGCAGUCCACACAGCGUGACAUUCAGUUGCUCAGAACAGACCUGGAGAACAAACUAGAGCUUUUCAAAAUACAGUACUACAAAGAGAAGCAUAGAGGAUAUCGUGCAGUUGUUGUCACCCUGGACGCUGCCACAGCUCAUCCCGGACUGGGAAUAUCUGCAGAUGGGAAGAGAGUGGUAGAGGGAGGUUUCGGCAUGCAAGAUAUCAUCAGAGACUUCUCCGGCAAUGAGAAGAGAUUUGAUUCCCAUCUGUGUGUGUUGGCAAAGCAAAGAUUCGGAUAUGGGAGGCUCUACUGGGAAGUGUCUGUUCAGGGAGGAAGAAACUGGGCCUUGGGUAUUGCCCGGGCACCUGUGACUCGCAAAGGGCCACUGACUCUGAGCCCUAAGAAUGGCUUCUGGGUCAUCGGGUUGGCAGAUGGGCGAGACUAUUGGGCCUACACGGAUCCUCAGACCCGUCUGAGUGUGAGGGGGAAGUUGGAAGUCAUUGGGAUCUUCCUGGACAUCCUAGCCAAGGAGGUGUCUUUCUACCAUGUGUACGAUAAGGAAGCAGCUCUGUACACUUUUAGCAUUGCUGAUGGCAGCAGCCAGAGAGAUGAAUUCAUUCCCUUCUUCUCCUUAGGCUCUGCUACUGCAAACCAUGAUCGUCAGGCUCUGGUAAUAGUGUAGAUUUUUGAUGAUGUUGAAUAGUUUAGUCCACAUUUCAAAGCUCAGUUAUGUACAGCCAGUGAUGAAAUCCCAUUGUAAUCAGGCUGCUGCCUAAUUUGUGUCUCCUGAACAAAGCUAAUGAAGGACAGGACAGAUCUCUCAGAGUGGUCUGCUCUGAGUUUUUUGCCUUAUGGAUCAGAGUGAAGAGUGUUUUGAGGGAAACUCUAUGUGCUCAAGAAAAAUAAAUGUACUUUAAUGUUUGUAUGACAAAAAGUGGUGUGAGGGACUGAGAAAAAAGUUAUUAAAAUUAUUACUGGCUCAAAACAACUCUGCGUGUGUGAGAGGGGACAGAUCAGAUUCUGCCAAGGUGCAGUGGUGCUCUGCCCCCAUGAGAGCAUCUCGUGCAGCUGUCAAUCACUGGCACACCGGUAGCACUGCCCCACACCACACCCCAGGGGACCCCUAACCCAGAUCUCAAAUGGCUGGCAGACCAGAACCCCACCUGGGGGUCAUGGCCACAGGAGUCCAGAGCAAAUACAACCAACACCGUGAGGCCCUCCAUGUGCACGGCCCUAUCAUUCUUGGAUUUGUGUUAACUGGUUCU